AUGAAAACCUUCCUCUUCCUGGUUCUCCUUGGAGCUGCUGCUGGUAUCCCCAUUAAUGAAAAUGAUGACCUGCUUAUUGGAGACUUCAAAUGUAGGAACAACUCUGUCUCCUACCGGGUAUCCCUGAAUGCUGGCUACCACUUGUGUUCAGGCUCUCUUAUCAGUGACCAAUGGGUAUUAACUGCUGCUCACUGCUACAAGCCCCAAAUACAGGUCCGACUGGGAGAAGUCAACAUUCAUGAAAUUAAGGGUGCUGAGCAAUUUAUUUCCGCGGCCAAAAUCAUCCCUCACCCCAACUACAACAAUGGCACCACUGAUAAUGACAUCAUGCUGAUUAAACUGACCUCACCAGCCACCAUUGACUCUCAUGUGUCCACAGUCUCUCUGCCAAGCUCCUGUCCAUCGGCUGGUACUAAGUGCCUGGUGUCAGGCUGGGAUGACACAGUGAGCAUUGGACGUAACUUCCCUUCAGGUCUUAAUUGUCUGCACAUUCCCAUCCUGUCAGACCCUGUUUGCCACAGUGCCUACCCACAUCUUAUUACAAGGAAUAUGCUCUGUGUCAGCUUCCUAAAUGUGCGAAAGGACACUUGCCAGUAUGACUCUGGUGGCCCCAUGGUCUGCGAUAAACAACUCCAAGGUGUUGACUCCUGGGGCAGUAACUGUGAUGAGAAAGGGAAACCUGGUGUCUACACCAAGGUGUGCAACUACCUGGACUGGAUUCAGCAGACCAUUGACGCCAACUAA